UUUUCUUAUUCGUUUGUAGGUGAACCAACAGUUUUACGUUUAGGUAUAAGUAUUAAAAUUAUUGUUUAUAUUAAUGUAUUGUUUUUGUUACCAGGUUUCGUCUCAUGUUCGCCCUCGCCAUGCAAAAAUAGCGGAACUUGUUUAUCCACACCAAGAGGAGAAUACUUCUGCAACUGCACGUCUCGAUACGCGGGCGAGUUCUGCCAGCACUUGAACCCUUGCCACAGCGAGUCCAGUCCUCGAUGUCAGAAUGGUGGGACCUGCCGCGUCAGGCCAGGGGUGUCGGGCGGACCUCCGUCCUUCGCCUGCGACUGUCCUUUGGGCUACAGUGCAUCUCUCUGUGAGAUCAGGAUACCGGCUGCCUGUGAUUCUGCACCCUGUUUGAAUGGAGCUACGUGUCGGCUGACGUCAUUGGACACGUACGAGUGUGACUGUCCGCCUGGUUAUACUGGUGCGGAAUGUUCUCACGAGGACCACUGCGCGUCGCAACCGUGUCGUAACGGGGGCCGGUGCGUAGCGGACAACACGACGACCGCGGGCUACUCCUGCGCGUGCCCUCCUGGCUUCACUGGCUCCCGGUGCACGGAGGACGUGGUAGAGUGUUCCAGUGGCUCUGGUCCGUGUCACCACGGCCGGUGCUUCAACACCCACGGCUCUUACACGUGUGUGUGUGAGCCUGGCUACACAGGGAGGGACUGUGACGCGGAGUAUGUGCCCUGUGAGCCGUCACCCUGUCAUCACGAUGGGAGAUGCACUCCGUUAGAUCAGCUCAGAUACGAGUGUGACUGUCCACCUGGGUACCGCGGCCAGAACUGCGAGAUCGACAUCGACGACUGCCCCGGGCACCUGUGCCAGAACGGCGCGACCUGCGUGGACGGCCUAAACUCCUACACUUGCGAGUGCCCGCCCACUUUCACCGGGACGCUCUGCGAGACCGACGUCGACGAGUGCGCUCUCAGGCCUCUAGUCUGCCAGAACGGAGCAACGUGCACCAACUCCGUCGGCGGUUUCUCCUGCAUCUGCGUCAACGGCUGGACUGGUCCAGAAUGCUCUGUCAACAUCGACGACUGCGCAGGCGCAGCUUGCUUCAACGGCGCCACCUGCAUCGACAGGGUUGGGGCGUUUUACUGCAAGUGCACGCCUGGGAAGACUGGUCUUCUCUGCCACCUCGAUGACGCGUGCACAUCCAAUCCCUGCCACGCUGACGCCAUCUGUGACACCAGCCCCAUCAACGGCUCCUACACCUGCUCCUGCGCAUCGGGCUACAAGGGACUUGACUGCUCUGAAGACAUCGAUGAGUGCGAACAAGGAUCACCAUGUGAACACGACGGCAUCUGUGUGAACACGCCCGGGUCUUUCGCCUGUAACUGUUCCGUGGGCUUCACGGGCCCGCGCUGCGAGACCAACGUCAACGAGUGCGAGAGCCACCCCUGCAGGAACGAUGGCUCCUGUCUCGAUGAUCCUGGCACCUUCAGAUGCGUCUGCAUGCCUGGAUUCACGGGAACACAAUGCGAGGUGGAGAUCGACGAGUGCGCCAACAACCCGUGUCUCAACGGAGGUGUCUGCCACGACCUGAUCAACGCGUUCAGAUGCACCUGUGUUAUAGGUUUUACGGGUGCUCGCUGUCAAGUGAACAUCGACGACUGCGCGUCCAGCCCGUGCCGCAACGGUGGGACGUGCCACGACAGUAUUGCUGGCUACACCUGCGAGUGCCCUCUUGGUUAUACUGGCAUGUCUUGCGAGACAAACAUCAAUGACUGCCUAUCAGCGCCGUGUCACCGCGGCGAGUGCAUCGACGGAGACAACAGCUUCACCUGCAACUGUCACCCAGGGUACACCGGCAGGGUCUGCCAGACUCAGAUCAAUGAGUGCGAGUCGAACCCGUGCCAGUUUGGAGGUCAUUGUGAGGAUCUGAUAGGCGGCUACCAGUGCCGCUGUAAGCCGGGCACGUCGGGACGCAACUGUGAGAUCAACGUCAACGAGUGCUACUCCAACCCUUGCAGGAAUGGAGCCACAUGCAUCGAUGGAAUCAACAGGUACACUUGCGAGUGCAUUCCUGGCUUCACGGGCCAGCACUGCGAGACGAACAUCAACGAGUGCCUCUCGAACCCUUGCGCCAACGGCGGGAAGUGCGUCGACAGGAUCAACGGAUUCCGGUGUGAAUGCCCUAGAGGGUACUAUGACGCUAGAUGUCUGUCAGACGUGAACGAGUGCGCUUCGAACCCUUGCAUCAACGGAGGAUCCUGUGAAGAUGGAGUCAACCAGUUUAUUUGUCACUGCAUGCCUGGAUAUGGAGGACAACGUUGUGAGCGCGACAUUGACGAGUGCAGUUCGAACCCGUGCCAGCACGGAGGGACCUGCCACGACAGGCUGAACGCUUACAAAUGUGACUGUGUACUUGGAUUUACCGGUGUAAACUGUGAGAUGAACAUAGACGACUGCGCGGGCAACCCGUGCCUGCACGGCGGCUCGUGCAUCGACCUCGUGAACGGGUACCGCUGCGUGUGCGCACCGCCGCACUCCGGGCGGAACUGCGAGAAUACACUCGACCCGUGUACUCCUAACCAAUGUCGCCACGGCGGUCGUUGCGUAGCGGAAGCCUCUUACGCGGAGUUCACCUGCCAGUGCCCAGUGGGCUGGACGGGAGCGCUCUGCGAGAGAGACGUGGACGAGUGUGCGGUGACCGCGCCCUGUCACAACGAGGCCACCUGUAUCAAUACUGAGGGCUCCUAUGCCUGUCUCUGUGCGAGAGGCUACGAGGGAAAGGACUGCGCUAUCAAUACUGAUGAUUGUGCUUCAUUCCCAUGUCAGAACGGCGCGACAUGUCUGGACUCGAUCGGCGACUACAACUGCGUAUGCGCAAGUGGAUUCGCCGGCAAGCACUGCGAGAUCGACGUCGAUGAGUGCCAGUCCAGGCCUUGUAUGAACGGAGCUACUUGCAAUCAGUACGUCGCCUCCUACACAUGUACCUGCCCGCUGGGCUUCUCCGGUAUCAACUGCCAGACGAACGAUGAAGACUGCACCGAGUCUAGUUGUAUGAACGGCGGCACCUGCAUUGAUGGGAUCAACUCUUACAACUGUUCUUGUCCACCUGGCUACACGGGCUCGAACUGCCAGUUCCGUAUAAACAUGUGCGACAGCUCGCCGUGCGACAACGGCGCCACCUGCCACGACCACAUCACACACUACACGUGUCACUGCCCCUACGGGUACACCGGGAAACACUGCGAGAAUUAUGUGGACUGGUGUGAGGUGAAUCCCUGCGAGAACGGAGCGACAUGUUCACAGAAGGGUCCUCAAUACACUUGCACUUGUGCCCCGGGCUGGUCCGGCAAACUGUGCGACGUCGAGAUGGUGUCCUGUAAAGACGCGGCUAUCAGGAAAGGCGUUAAACUAAAACAACUUUGCAACAACGGUUCUUGUGAAGACAUCGGCAAUUCUCACCGCUGCCACUGCCUCGAAGGAUACACCGGAUCCUACUGCCAAAAGGAGAUCAACGAGUGCGACUCCGCGCCGUGCCAAAAUGGCGCCCUAUGCAAGGACCUUGUAGGGACCUACCAGUGCCAGUGCGCCAAAGGAUUCCAAGGACAGAACUGCGAACUCAACGUCAACGAUUGCCUACCAAACCCUUGCCAGAACGGAGGAACCUGCCACGAUCUGAUCAACAACUUCUCUUGCUCAUGUCCCUUCGGAACUCUUGGCAAGAUUUGUGAGAUCAAUGUGAAUGAUUGUAAGCAAGACGCGUGUCAUAACAACGGCACUUGUAUCGACAAGGUAGGAGGGUUCGAGUGCAAGUGUCCGCCUGGCUUCGUUGGCCCGCGAUGCGAAGGAGAUAUUAACGAAUGUCUGUCCAACCCUUGCUUGUCACCUGGCACUCAAGACUGCGUUCAACUUGUCAACGACUACCACUGCAACUGCAAGCCUGGAUACAUGGGAAGACACUGCGAUGCCAAAGUGAACUUCUGCGCUAACUCCCCGUGCCAGAACGGAGGUAUUUGUACCGCGAUACAGGGAGGACACGAGUGUCUCUGCAGCGAUGGAUUCUAUGGAAAGAACUGUGAAUACUCGGGCUACGCUUGCGAUUCCAACCCGUGCCAGAAUGGAGGCUACUGCAGAACAUCUGAAAUAGGCGGCUACGUCUGCGAUUGCCCAUCAGGUCUAUCAGGUAUCAAUUGCGAAAUUGACUCCAUGAACGAAUGCCUCAGUAAUCCUUGCAAGCAUCCCGAAGCCAGAUGCAUUGACAAGCCUGGAGACUACCUCUGCUACUGCCCAAGACAAUGGACUGGCAAGAACUGUGACAUCCACGACCCUCACUCAAGAGGUGGCUAUAGCAGUCCAAUCGGUGGAGGCUUCAAUCCAAAGAAACCAGGCUUAAGUUUCGAAGAACUUGACCUGGCGUUCCAAAGAGAACAGUGUAUCAAAAAGGGUUGUAAGGAGAAGCGAGGUGACCAUCAGUGCGAUGAAGAAUGUAAUACUUACGCAUGUGAGUUUGAUGGAAACGACUGCUCUCUAGGCCUCAAUCCUUGGGCGAACUGUACCGCAACAAUCAAGUGCUGGGAAGUUUUCAUGGACGGUGAAUGUGAUGAAGAGUGCAACACUCAGGCUUGUCUGUUCGACGGUAGAGACUGUCAGAAGUCGUUACAGCGCUGUAACCCGAUCUACGACGCUUACUGUAAGAAACAUUACGCUGAUGGCCACUGCGACUACGGCUGCAAUAACGCUGAAUGUAACUGGGACGGUCUCGACUGCGAGAACGAGCCGCCACACUUAGCCGAAGGUGUCAUGUCAGUCACUCUGUUGAUGGACAUGAGAACAUUUAAAGAAAACUCCGUAGCUUUUCUCCGAGACUUAGGCCAUCAGUUAAGAACAACGAUAUUGAUUAAGAAAGACCACUUAGGCAAUGAUAUGGUGUACCCGUGGAAGGGUUCAACAGAUGUUGGACUACAGGACACCGAGAUUGGAAAGAAACAUGGUAUCAUAUCCACUGAGAGGGGACAGUCGGGUAUUCAGGUCUACUUGGAGAUUGAUAACAGGAAGUGCACGUCAAUGUCCAGUUCGGAAUGCUUCUUCUCAGCGAGAGAGGCAGCUGAGUUCUUGGCUGCGACAGCCUCCAAGCACUCCUUAUCACCAGACUUCCCCAUAUUCCAAGUGAAAGGCGUCAAUCCACCAGAGAUCGAUGUUCCCACGAACUCGAAAUACGUCUUCAUCGGAGUGAUCUUAGUUCUAUUAGCUGGUCUACUGAUUGGUGUAUUAGUGACUGCACAAAGGAAACGCGCUGCCGGUAUAACAUGGUUCCCCGAAGGUUUUAUUCGCAACAACUCUUCGACAAGACGCCGGUCACGCAGGCGUGUGCCCGAUGGUCAAGAAAUGAGGAACCUGAAUAAAGGAUCGAUCGGUUGUAUUGAUGUGGAUAUCAAUGGGGGUCAUAUGGGUCCCCCACACCACUGGUCUGAUGAGGAUGAUGAUGGGUCUGCGCCUCCGAGGGCCAAGCGUGCGAGAGGUCCAGGAGAUGCGAAUGGGGCUCCCGGUGGAUAUGCAUCAGAUCAUACAGCGAUCACGGAUUACGAGGAGGCUGGUCACGAUGGCAGGGUCUGGACGCAACAGCAUUUGGACGCUGCUGAUAUAAGAGUGCCGCCCAGCAUGAUGACACCACCAGCUAUCCACGAUGGUCACGUAGAGGUUGACGCUCGCGGGCCGCUGGGCAUGACGCCUCUCAUGGUAGCGGCCGUUCGCGGUGGUGGCUUGGACCAGGGCUCUGACGCUGAAGACGAACAGACGGCCCAUGUGAUAUCAGAUUUAGUGGCUCAAGGUGCACAACUGAAUGCUGCUAUGGAUAAGACUGGAGAGACAAGUCUGCAUUUGGCGGCUAGAUACGCUCGCGCCGACGCAGCUAAGCGGCUGCUAGACGCGGGCGCGGACGCCAACUCGCAGGACAACACGGGCCGCACGCCGCUGCACGCCGCCGUCGCCGCCGACGCUAUGGGCGUCUUCCAAAUCCUGCUGAGGAACAGAGCCACCAACCUCAAUGCGCGCAUGCAUGAUGGAACUACACCGCUUAUACUGGCUGCAAGGCUUGCAAUAGAAGGCAUGGUGGAGGACCUGAUCAACGCUGACGCGGACAUCAACGCGGCUGACAACAGCGGGAAGACAGCGCUGCACUGGGCCGCCGCCGUCAACAAUAUCGACGCAGUGAAUGUACUGCUAGCACAUGGGGCUAAUAGAGACGCGCAGGACGAUAAGGACGAGACCCCUCUCUUCUUAGGAGCCCGCGAGGGUUCAUACGGGGCCUGCAGAGCAUUGCUAGACGCGAUGGCGAACAGAGAGAUCACAGACCACAUGGACCGGCUGCCGCGAGACGUCGCUCAGGAGCGCAUGCAUGAUGACAUCGUGCGGCUGUUGGACGAACACUGUCCCAGACCGCCGCCGCAACAUCAUCAUUUGAUGCCAUCACCGAACCCGCACCCGCAGCUGAUCAGCCAGCCGACUGUCAUCAGUACCGCGGCGAAGGGCAAGCCGAAGAAGUCGCGCGCGAAAGCCGGGCCCGACAGCCCCGACCAGGCUUACGACAACAAUAACUUGCAGACCACACAGAUUAGACGGAAACCUAGCGUAAAAAAGAAUAAUAAGAAAGUGGCACAGGAAGUGCCACAGAGCGUUGAGAGCUUAGGCUCCAGUUUGAGUCCAGUCGAAUCACCGCUCCAAAAUUUACAGGACUUGCCGUCGCCGUACGACGCAACGUCGCUGUACUCGAACGCGAUGGCGCAGUUCGUAGGCAUCGAGCAGCUCGUGCAGCACAAGCAGCCGCCCAGCUAUGAAGACUGCGUCAAGUGCUUCGUCCCGCAGCCGGGUCAGACGCUGCAGCAGUCGUUCGGCGGCGGCGCGCUGGGCGCGUCGCUGUCGCCGCCCUACUCCAACCACUCGCCCACGCACAGCAACCACACAACCUCGCCGCAUGCUUAUAUAGGAUCUCCGUCUCCGGGCAAGUCCCGGCCGUCGCUGCCGACGUCGCCGGCGCACAUGGCGGCGCUGCGCCACUCCCACCAGCACCAGCUCGACGCCGCGGCUUACUCCGCACUCGCACAUCUUAGUGCUAACGGCCAGCACAACGCGCAGCUGCAGGCGGUUAUGACGCACGCGGCGGCGCUCGGACAGGUGCAGGGCGCGCAGCAUCCCGCGCUCACCAACAUGAUGUCCAGUUUAUACGGCGGUUGGGGAAUCGGUGAUACGUUCCCGACGCCGUCACCGGAGUCGCCCGACCAUUGGUCCACGCCGUCGCCGCAGACGCCGCUCACACAAUCCCCGCACUCUGAUUGGUCAGAUCGUGCUGCACUCUCCCCCAACGACAUACAACAGACCAAUAAGGGGGCAACGGAAGCCAUCUACAUAUAGAUAUUAGUUAAGGGUUGGUUCUAGACAAAUUGACGUUCUGUUUUUGUAAUUUCUUUUGUUGAAUCUGUUAAGUCGAAGUUGCAAUAUAUUAAAAGUAAUUUUUACAUUGCAACACAUUAAAUACGUAAAGUUUUAAUAUUGUGGUUGACGUUAAAAGACAAAUUUUAUGAUGAGAGUUUAAUCUGAAAAAGAUGAUUUUUCAUAAAAAAAUGACUAAAAAUAUAUUCAACAUGACAGCGUUUUAAACGCUACAAAACACGAACGUCUGUAGCAGCCUAAAAAGACAUUGUACAGAUCGAUGCGUGUAAAUUUUAACGUCCAUUGCCGCUUUUGUAGGACUGUGGACGGCAUCGUCGUAUACAUAGACUGACUUGUACAGCCAUGACUUGAGUGUAUAGCAUAGUAGUGUAAAAACGCACUAUCAUUCAGUAAUCUCGUGAUUUAAAGCAUUCCCUUUCGGUGUAUUCUUAACCUCCUUCAAAAAAGGAGGUUCUCAAUCGAUAUUCCAAUUUUGUACUCAAUGUGGUACUGAUAUUUUAUAGACAUGAUAUUAUAUAGUUUAUAAAACUUGCCUACAACAAACAGUCUUAUGUCUCAUAAGUAAGGGUCCAAUUUCGUGUGACAGUAAAAUACACUGAAACAAUCACAUUCUCAUAAUGACACACUUGUUACGUUGUUGAUUUAUUUUUUAUUUACUUGUUCGUAAGUUUGCGUUUAGGAUUAAUGCACUGUGGAAAAUAGGAUAGCUAGCAGAUCGAAAAACAACAAUCUAUUUAUUACAACGCAAAAAAAACAUGCAAUAUAAUUUGAAAAUAAAUACAAUUUUAUAAAAAAAGCAUCUCAAGAAAAUUAAAAUAGUGAGUAAAUUUCAAGCAGUAAAACAUAUUGGUGCAUUUUUGAAUAAUUAAGUAUUUUUUUCAAUUUACCUAUACGAUCAGUCGUUUUUGAUCUAAAUUUCUUCGAUAAUUUCCCACAGUGCGAUACUUCAAAGGCUUAUGAGAUUUGUUAAGUGCAGUCGGCAAAGCCCGGUAGGCUUCGACAACUCGACGGCACACUUGUAUGGAAAUUAUUUAUGUGUGAUUCAAUAGAAUAGGAUUUUAUCGCUUCUAGUAUGUAGAUAGUUUCAAUUUGUUACUAAAGCCAGCUAACUCACUAAAAAACAAAGCAAGGCUUUUAAAAUUAAAUAUAAUUUAUGACAUCAAAAUUAAAAAGCUGGCUUCAGAAACAAAUUGUGUUAAUUUAGUAUUUAAUUGUAAUAUUAACUGAGAAUGUUGCCAGUUAUAAUUUAAAUGCUGAAGGUUUUUCAAUCUGGCAAUAAUCUCAGUUUUUAAUAUUAUGGUAUAGUUUACAUAUCUUCCGUUUAUCGAAUCAUUCCACAAUUGCUUCCAAUCGACGUGCAAAUUGAGAGUUCAAAUUUAAUAAUAAGACAUUUUUAAACAUGUAUUUCACGUGCACUAGUUGAAUCAUUUUGGGCAUAUUUUGUAAGGGUAAAAAGCUUGGGUUUUUAUUAAAUAAUGUUAUAAUGAAAUGCCCGUAUGCCUUACCUACGGUAGGGGUAUCGUUUUCCAAUUAAAAUAAGAUCUCAUCCAUUCCAUUUGCGCUUUAAAAAUGACAAUUAUUAAUUAAAUAUAAAUAGUUGACGCGGACCACUCAUGCUCAAUUUUUACUCAACUCCAUACAUACUCUAUUAUAUUGUAAUAUAUUUUUAAUAAUUAAGUAUUUUUAAAGGUUUUUAGCUUUUCAUGUUGUAACGCUAACUGUAAAUAUUUUUAUCAUUUUUUUUUUAUUUUAAGUUAUAUUUAAAAAAGCGAAUGAAAUAAAUGAUCUUCGUAGUUUUAUUUUAGGUUAGGUUUUAUUAUUAUUAUAUUUUUGUGUCAUCUGAAUGUGCCAAUGAGCAGAAUGGUUAUGUACCGUAGCACACGUACUGUGUUAUACUAGUUGAUGUAGGAUAGUUUAAUGAAUAAGAGAUAUGUGCUUCCUAACUGCUUACUUUUAAGCGACCGCUUCAAUGGAAUUGGCUUAAGUACAAAAUCUCGGGAACAAAAAUCAUCAAAAUGUAUCAAAAUAAAGACUGUAAUGAUAAUUAAGUGCGAUAAAUUGAUAGAAUGGUACUCAUCAACUGAUGUUGUUGUUAUUUUGAUAUUUUUGUGUAAUAACAGAAUGGCACAUUUGUAAAACUUGAAGGCACUUUGUUAUGCAAUGUAACUUGGAGAAAUAUUUACGAUAUGUUUGUAGACAGUGAUACAAAACCGACAGGAUAUUAUAAGUACCUGUCGUGACUACAAUAACUGUUUGGUCCCUUUCGCAAGAUGGGGAUACGAUCAUGCUUGACCUCAAGUAAAUUUAAAAGGUUAAAACCCAGAAAGAAAUACACUGCCUAAAACAUUUCUUCGAUAUUUUUUUAAGUAAUUAGAAUUAAAGAUCUUCAAUCCGUGUGCCUUUUUAAUUAAAAAAAAAGAUUGUAAUUUAAACUAUGAAAUUAGUUUAAUUCUCUAGCAAUAGACGGUAAACUUGUAAAUAUAUUUUAAAACAAUUAUUUUCAUUGAAGAUAAUUGCAUUUAAUUUUUAAGG